GCGGCUCGUUGGCCUUGGAAACAUGGCGUCGCGCUGACAGCUGGGAGACUUUCAUUAUCUGCUCCAGCCACUGACACAGCGGCGGGACCGUGAGCCGAGCCGUCUGCCCGCAGCCCCUCACCGCGGUACGGGCUCGCUCCGGGUGCCCUCCUCCUCCCGAGCAACCCGACGGAGCGGCGCGAUAACGGAUUCAGCCCGGGUGUCACGCCCACUCUGCUCGGUAACGUUAUAACCGUACGGUAAGUUAGCUCUAAGCUAACCCAGCCAGACAGCUAGCAGCCGCUGUUAGCACGACACGAGCAGCGAUAUUAUGUGAAGCGGAGACGCCGCCGCUGCCUGCUCACUGCACGGCCGCCGUGUGAUAGCUCCCCCGCCCCGUUAGCACACAACCCUCAAACACGACUGACAGUUAGCACGGAGACGGUAUCGCCGGUUAUGUUAUUGUAGCUCGCUAGCCGGCUAGCUAGGGCGUUUCUGUCACUCCCGUCACUGAAUUUUUAAUGUUCGACCCCUUUGGCAUCACUGUCGGAGGAGAGAGCGAUGGGCUCCGGGGCCGUGGAUUCGUCCCAGUGGCUUUCGGUGAAGGAGGAGACGAUUUUCCUCCACGACGGACUCAUUCGGGUCACGGACUUGGCCGAACUGCCCAGUGAAAUCGGAGUGUCGGAGCAGGGGGACACCGAGCAGGAGAUUCUAACAUUUGAGACAAAGAACCCGGUGGAGCUAGCUGAGCGUCUGCGUGCUGUCUGUGGGAAUCAGAGCAAUGCAUACGCCCGUCUGCUGGAGUAUCGGCUCAACGCACUGCGUGGCCUGUGGGGGGCGCAGCGGCAGCUGGCCCUGGAGGAGCAGCAGGAGCGAGAGGGGACUGGAGGGGCUGAUGAGGAGACCUUGGCCUUGCUCAAGAGACAAGGUCUGCUACAGCAACCUGAGCAGGCACCCUUCACCUCGCGUGUUGGUCUGCUGCUGGUCUUCCCACUCUUGCAGUCCCAGACCCGCAGCGACCCCGCGCUCUGCGGUGUCACGGCAGAGGUACUGCUGGCCUGCCUCCGGGACUGCCAGCCGCUCAGUCUCAGCAAAGAGCCCGCUGACUGCCUCAAUGGUCUGGAGGGGCUGCUCUGCUCCUGGUUGGAAGAUGGUGCCCAGGAGUCAAGUCAGCAGCAGGGGCAGCCUCAGAUGCAGAUCCUCCACACACACAGACAGAGGGAAAAUGCUGCUGCUGCACUUGUGGCACUUGCUUGUGCUAGGGGAUCUCUGAAGACCUUCAUUCACACAGUUCACCUGUUGCAGAAACAAACUGAUCUGGGCCAGCUCCCGGUGUCAGAUGUCCUGUACAGACUUUUGCUCCUGGAAGGAGGCCCAGGCUCUCCAUCCUGCCUCCUGGGGGGCAAGCACAGUGUGUCCUGGGGUUUUGAGGACAUGCUACCCACUCCAGAUAAUUCUGCUGGAGGUGCAGAGAGCAAAGACACUGACCUGGGGCGCUGUCUCGCCACAGACGGGCUCUAUCUGUAUACCACUAACUCCUCUGGGAGAGGACUCAGCAAGCUGGGCUCUGGUUUACAUGGGACACUGAGAGGUUUUGUGUACUGUCGAAAUGAGGAGUUGGAGCCCGGCUGGGUGGUGUUCAGCAGCGGUCGCCUCCUCCACCGUCCCUCCUCCUUCGAUGCCAAGCCUCAUCAGCUGUGCCAGGUCAUUGACCCCUUCACUCUCCAGGUGUGCCAGAUUGUGCCCAUGCCAGCCCAUCACUUUCCUGUGGGCAGCAGCAUGACCACGUUGCACCUCUGCUCAGAUGGAACCUACCUGUACUGGGUCUGGUCUCCGGCCAGUCUCAACGAGAAGACGCAGAAAGGCCACUCUGUCUUCAUGGAUGUCUUUCUCUUGUCUACACAGACAGGAUUAUGUGUCGCAGACAUCUUGCAGGAGAGAGUUAUUCUUACUCGCAAAGAAGGCGAGUCUUCCAAGUGCUUGAAUGAACUUCUCUUGAGUCGAAUGUCACGCUUCCGGGCCUCCCAUUCUGCCACAUUGGCUGCUCUCACAGGCUCCGCAAUUACCAACACUGUCAAAGAGGAACAGUCAGCUGUCAACACCAGCUGUGGACUCCCUCUGAAGACUCUGAGGAAGACACCAAUGUAUGUGUGUGGAACCUAUCUUGUGAUGCUGGUCUCCCCUCCGGGUGUAUCUGGGAGCUCUGCCACACGCUCGCUAUUUGGAGGUACCAGCAGCCUGUCCUCUCUCAAAAUUUUAGCCUCCAGCCUGGUGUUUAACCUGGCUGACGGUCAGUUCAGCAGCCGCGCAGACCUCAUUGAUGCUCCUGGCAGUUCUCUCGGCAGGGGAGCCCAGGUGGCAGGGCUAGGAGCAUGUUACGAUGCACUGAACAACUUGAUAUGGACCUGCUCCAGUGAUUACAUAGAUCAGUGGUGCAACCCUGGGAACCAAGCCUUCCAUCAUGUGUGCCAUAGGCUCGGUGUCAGCCAUGUCAUCAAAGAACCCAAAGAGGAAACAGUGGCCACUGGCGAGGUGAUCAACCAGCUACUUCAUCAUGUUGGUGCUAUGUGUAUCCACCAGCUCAACUUGCUGGCAGCCACCAGCAACAGCUUGCCUCUGGGCGCCUUACUGGGUAAACAACAUCCCAUCGAGGCUCGUCACUUCAGCAGCAUCUGUGACAUUAUGGAGAAGGCCAUGGUCAACGGAGAUACCUGCAUCAUCCGGUGCAUCUUGGUGGUGUUCCAGGUGGUGUUUAGGUUUUUCAAUCCUCAGUCGGAGCAGAAUAGGGAGAGUGUGCGCCGCUCCGGCCUCCUCCUGUGGCAGCUACUCAUGGCUCCAGUGGAUCAGAUAGGAGCAGAGAUUCAGAGAGAGGUGUGCAUGGCCAUCAGCUCAGGCCUGAAUACUUUGUAUCAUGGGGAGGCUGAACUCAACAAACUACUGAAACUUGUACUAACUGAAGGUGAAAGAAACACUGGCCUGUCUCAGCUUCGGGACGUCAUCCUCACCAACUUGGCAGACCAGCUGCAAAAGAAUAGAUUUGGGAGUGAAGAAGACGACCACUACAGAUUGAAUGAUGAGCUGCUGCACUGUAUCCUCAAGACUGUCGUGCGGGAAUCCUGCCUCGUCAUUACCAAAUGUCAGACAGUCGCCCGAGAUGACUUCCAGAAGCUGCUCUCCACUGUACCAGUGGUCUCACCUAGUCUGCGCUACCUCAUGGCCGUUCAGAACCACCUCCUCAGUAACACCAUUCUAAUCCGUCCAGAUGAUAAUGACGACAGUGACAGCUCCAUACAAGGGGAAACAAUGAAGGUACAGGAGCUGCAAGGUAGCAUACUGUCCCUGGCAACUAAGAUCCUGGUGGGAUGUGAUGAAGUACUGGAAACCCUGCAGCAGGUGACCACAGCCCUGAUAAACAGCGACAUCCCUGACAGAGAAACAAGGUUGAAAGGCCUGGAGCAGGUAACCAAGGCCACCAUGCUUGGGCACCUACUGCCAGUGUUGCUCACCUCUCUGAUGCACCCCAACCUGCAGACCCUCAUUCUCGCCGAUGCCCUCAUGCCUCAGUUGGUGCAGCUGGUCCUCUACACCAGCCAGACUGCCCUGUUACUAAAGACUCAGUCUCCGCUUUUCACUGAAGAGCCUCCACCUACGUGUGGCACUCUCGGGCAGGGGGCGAAGGCAUGUACCAUUGAUGACAAAAUUCUUGACGAGCGUGAGGAGCCAGGUUUCCUGACUGGACUCAAGAUCCCAGCCCCAUGGGCUGCUGGGAAAACCGUAGAGACAGUGCACCCUGUAAGGGACAAUUACAAGUUCAAGGAGACAGUUCACAUCCCAGGAGCUCGCUGCCUCUACCUGCGCUUUGAUUCUCGCUGCUCAUCACAGUAUGACUAUGACAAGUUGGUGAUCUAUGCUGGUCCCAACACGAACAGUCGUAAAGUAACGGAGUACGGAGGGAACACUCUGGGAUACGGCAGUCGCAGUGUAUUGGGGACAGGAUGGCCCAAAGAUCUCGUCAAGGUGGAAGGAGACACUGUGACUUUUUCUUUUGAGAUGAGGAGUGGACGUGAACACAACACCCCUGAUAAAGCCAUGUGGGGGUUCUCCUGCACUGUCAGAGCUCAGGAGUCAUCUGAGGAUGUCUCAGGAGGCCUCCCCUUCCUGGCAGACCUUGCACUGGGUCUGUCAGUGCUGGCUUGUUCAAUGCUUCGUAUUCUGUACAACGGACCAGAAGUGACGAGGGAGGAGGAAGCCUGCCACGAUUUGCUCUGCUCAAAGCUGCUGCAAAGGUGCCAGUGGCAGGUGGAAGCAAACGGUGCAAUCUCUCCUGCCCUCACACCCAGCCCGUCACCUCUGCCACUCACCAUUGAGGAGGACCGGGAGUUCAUCUACCCAGCUGAUGUGCUCAUCCCACCCCCAGGCCUGAUGCCAGGGUCCUACUUUGACUUGCCUCGUAUCCGCCUCCCUCCAGGCAUCAUGGGAAGGCUACGAGAGGUGUCUGGAAGGGCUCGACCACAGUUUCGCCCCAGUAUCAAGGAGGUGAUCAGACCAGAUGUAAUGGAGGAGGUUAUCAUAUCUUGUGUCAUAAAACAUUUAAGCCUGGUGGAUGCCCUUCAGUCACUCGUCAACUACCAGUACCGCGAGGAUCAUGCAGAGGAGUAUGACCUGGUCUGUAAGAUCAUGGCCGAGACCUUUAAGAAGAUCAAUGCUAUGGAGCGUCAGCUGCAGAGUGUAGCGGAAUUGGAACAAAAGUGGCAGAAUGAGGUGGAGGAGGCCCAGCAGGGAAAGCUGGAGAACAACACUCCUUUCUUCCACGACUACCACUUCUUUGAGAACAAAAUUAAGGAGCUGGAGCUGCUCUGCUCCCUGAAGGAGGUCCCACUUGAUUUUAGUGACUUGGAAAAUGUUGUUCUUGCAUUGAGGGAGAAGUUCUUCCAGGAUGUCAACACCACGCACAGCAGAAGUUGCACCCCACUCGCCAAAACGAAGGCGCUGGUAAAAAGUCUAAUGAACCGCACUGAGCUGCUGCUCCAUGUUACCAUCGCUCCACACUGCAGGAGCCUAACCACCACACCUGCUGGCACACCAGGUCCAGCCUCUAAGUCGGUGUCAGAUGCCAAGACAGUGAUCCCGUUGGUGAAGCAGCCAGUGUUCCUGCGCAGCAUGUCAGCACCCUCUGACUUGGAGAUGAUUGCUAAUCAAGACUUGGAGUUUACACACGCUUCACAAAGGAGGCGACAUCACCCCACCAGUCAUCGCAGCACCUCAUUUACUCUGCUGCAGUCUCUGGCUAUAGAGGACAGCCGAGACAAGCCAACAUACAGUGUGCUGCUGGGACAGCUCUUUGCCUUUAUCGGGACAACACCUGAUCAAUCUGUGUCAAGCAGCAGUUUCCUGUCUGCUGCACAGACACGCUGGAGACGUGGCAGUACACGGAAGCAGGCACUGGUUCAUAUGAGGGAGUUGCUCACUGCAGCUGUUAGAGUAGGUGGUGUCACCCACCUGGUGGGGCCUGUCACUAUGGUACUGCAAGGUGGCCCAAGGAUUGAGGAGCUGACCUGUGGUGGAAUGGUUGAGCAGGUGCAGGAAGCCUUUGGGGAGACCAUGACGUCUGUAGUGUCACUAUGUGCUCGCUAUCCCCUCGCGUGUGCCAACAGUAUUGGCUUACUUUGCACAAUCCCCUACACCAGGAGCGAGGAGCAGUGCCUGGUUCGGAGUGGCCUGGUCCAGCUCAUGGACAGUCUGUGUAGUUUAAGUGGUCAGAGGGAAUGUAGCUCAAAUGAGAAGCAGACCAAAAAGCAGAAGGUGGCCACCAUGGCUUGGGCUGCUUUCCAGGUGCUGGCCAACCGAUGUAUUGAGUGGGAGAAGGUGGAAGGCGGGUCUACAGAUGCUGUGCACUCUGGUCUGGCACGGCAGGUGUCCAGCCUGCUGACCAAUCACCUGGCCAGAGCCACAGAGUGCUGUGGAAAUCAGGCAGCUGGCAAUGAUGCCUUACAGGAUGUGCUCAGUCUGCUCAAUGACCUUUCCAGGAGCCACAUAGGAAAAGCUAUCCUCAGUCAGCCAGCCUGUGUUUCUAAGCUCUUGUCUUUGCUACUGGAUCAGAGACCCUCUCCAAAGCUGGUACUUAUCAUCCUGCAGCUAUGCCGAGCUGCCCUGCCUCUCAUGAGUGUGGAGGACUGUGGUAACGUGGCCCUGCCCUCGUGGAGCUACUCUAUUAACACGCUAGAUGCUGAGCAGCAAGAUGCAAGUGACCCUGCCUCACGCAUUGCUGCCUUGCUGUUAGCCAAGCUAGCAGACUAUGUAGUACCAGGCUGUCAGACCCUGCUCUCUCCCAGCUCCUCUGAGCCGGACACAUCUCUGUCCCGAGCCAGUUCCAAGGGAGCUCUGAAGUCUGACGAGGUUGGGGAGGAGGGAGAGGCUGUUGACGGCAAGCUUUCAAUCUUUAUCCACAAGAGAGAGGACCAGUCUUCCCAUGAGGUUCUACAACCACUGCUCAGCAGCUCAGAGGGACGUCCCUUUCGGCUUGGCACUGGAGCAAACAUGGAAAAGGUGGUAAAGAUGGACAGAGACAUGACAAAGAGUGGAAACUGCGAGGUGAUCACAGAGGAGGCAUCUGCUGCCCUUAGAAAGGCGAACAAGUGGGCCCAGUCUGGUCUGAUCGUGAGCGUUGGUCCACCUGUGGAGACGCUGGUCCAGGAGGCUGCUGGAGGCAUCACCACUGGUGACAAGAAGAAAACUGCUCAGACUGCUGUUUGUCGGGACAGGAACGCUGAGCUGGCCAGGUCCGACCCUGUCAGGCCAUUCAUCAGUGGCCAUGUUGCCAACAGUAUGGCCGCCGAGGUGAUUGCUCUGCUGCACAGUCUGCUCACUGCUCCUGAGUCCAACACUGCUCAGAUCUGGACAAGCACUGCUGAAAAAGUGCUCUCCCGGGCGCUAAUGUUUAUCCCUCAACUGGGGAAGUACGCUGAAAGUAUUCUGGAAAAUGGCAGCAGCAGCGGCAGGAAACUGGCUAAACUGCAGGCUAUUGGCAGACAGGCUGUAGCUGCUCUUUGUGCCCUUGGAGGCUUCAAAGAAACUAUAAAGAUCGGCUCUGAGGUCCAGGUGGUAGGUAAGGGAGUGCUGGGCAGCGUGGGCAUAGUUAUGUCCAUAAAUGAGCAGGAGGGCAUCGCUACAGUCAAGUUUCCUUCUUGCGAGUACAGGAGAGCUUGUAAAGCCUCAGACAUCCUGACAGUCCCCAUAUCACGCCUCUGCACUCCAAGAUCUGAGGCUCUGCCCCUCUAUAAGCUCUCUAUCACUGAAAAGGUGGUGCAAGCAGUGCAGUCCAUGCUUCUGCCACAGGAGGGCAGUCUCUCCAUUCACACCUCUCUACCAGCUACAGGAGAUGGCUCCAGCCCAGUAAUGGCUGCAGUGCGCUUGUUGGCUGAAAUAAGAACCAGGGCAUGUCUGGUGAUGGCACAGCUCCUAGAGGACAGCUCCUUCUGUGAAGAGUUCAUUCAGCAGUGUCCUGCAGCUGUUGAGGUUCUCAACUUGGUUGCGCAGGAAUGCAGCCCUGGAGAGCGUCUUGGCAUGGUUGAGGCUCAGUGUGAAAGAGUGAGAAUGCUGUACCGGGACUGUGCUCGACCACCGCCUCCACCACUACAGACAGACAGACGCCAGCCCAAGGAGAUCACCUGGUGUCCGUCCAGAGUGUUCCCUCCAGUCCGUGCGUGCAUGUUCUCGUCCCGUCUGACUUCUGUCACCUUCUUGGCUGAUCCAAGUGCUGGAGGAGGUCUUCCUAGAGGCACAUUCAUCUACGCCACCUCUGCUGUUCCAAUUCAGGCCCCAUCUUUUUACUGGGAGAUAGAAAUUGUCUCCUAUGGAGACUCUGAGGAGGACAGUGGUCCGAUUGUGUCCUUUGGAUUUGCCACUGAGGCAGAGAAGAGAGACGGAGCAUGGACCAAUCCAGUCGGCACAUGUCUGUUUCAUAAUAAUGGUAGGGCAGUGCAUUACAAUGGCUCCAGUCUGCUGCAGUGGAAGAGUGUUAGGCUGGAUGUGGCUCUACUUCCUGGUGACGUGGCUGGAAUAGGCUGGGAGCGCUCUGAGGGCACGCCUCCACCCCCUGGUCAGGCCCCUAAAGGCAGGGUCUACUUUACCUACUGUGGCCAGAGGCUCAGCCCCAUCCUUGAUGAUGUAGCUGGCGGGAUGUGGCCCCUGGUGCACAUUCAAAAGAAGAACUCAAGGAUCCGUGCCAACUUUGGGAGCCGGCCGUUUGCGUACGCAGAGGGGCAAGCACACAGAAAUGCGGCCGACUUGUGUGUCGACCUUGCAGAGGAAAUAAGUGCAAAUUUUGAAGCACUGCCCUUUGCCAUGGCUUCAGACAGCGAUAACGACGCAGGUGCAAGUGUUACAUCAGACUCUGGCUCCCAUGGACCGCCUUGUCGGAUCGCUGCUGUCGCCGUUCCCCAACAACAGUACAACAGUGACCUGUCGUGCCAUUACAAGAUUGAGCUGAGCUAUGAGAACCUCGUCACCUCUGGGCCUGACCCACAUCCUCCACCUAUAGCAGAUGAUGAGAGUGACGACGAGGAUGAUGACGAUGUCCCAAGGGAGGACCACUAUGCCCUGCUGGUCAAGGCCUGGGAGACCAAAGUGUUUCCUACCAUUCGUAGGAGGUUCCGUAACGAGGCCGAGAGGAAAUCUGGCCUGGACCAAAUCAAAGGAGCUCUGCAGCUGGGCAUGGUGGACAUUGCGAGACAGACCGUGGAGUUCCUGUAUGAAGAGAACGGUGGAAUCCCUCGUGACCUCUAUCUCCCGACCAUUGAAGACAUCAAGGAUGAGGCCAACAAGUUCACGAUUGACAAAGUUCGCAAAGGCUUGACGGUAGUGAUCCGCUGCCCAGACAGCAACAACACCAACAGCACGACCGGGGGAACAGCUCUGCCGAAGUUUGCCAUCCGGGGGAUGUUGAAGACAUUUGGUUUGCAUGGGGUGGUGCUGGAUGUGGACUCUGUGAAUGAACUUGUGCAGGUGGAGACCUAUCUGCGCAGUGAGGGGGUGCUGGUGAGGUACUGGUAUCCUAUUGAGAUGCUGGAGCGCCCGCCUGCUGGAUCUCGACGCACUGCGGCCAACGGCUUAGUGUCACUAGACAGUAGCAACAUUCAGAUUCAUAGGGAGCUUCUUCGCUGUGAGAGUGCACUGGCUCGGUUAUACUGCCGCAUGGCCUUGCUCAACAUCUUUGCCCCCAAGAGUCCCCACACCUUCACCCGUCUCUUCCACAUACCUGCCAUCCGUGACAUCACCUUGGAACACCUGCAGCUUCUGUCCAAUCAGCUGCUGGCUCCACCCCUCCCUGAUGGCACUAUUAGUUCUAGUUCUAUCCUCCUGGCCCAGUCAUUGCUUCAUAACCUCCAGGGCCAAAGCUGCUCUCCCACAGACCUGUUCUAUCAGGGGAACGCUCAGCCCAUCCGGGAGUGGUUGACGGUGGCCAUCACCCGUGCCUUGCAUCAAGGAGAGGAAAGCUUACUGGAGCUCACAAAGCAAAUCUGCUGUUUCCUCCAGAAUGCUCCAGAGCAGUUUACAUCUGAGGAGUUUCCUGUGACAGAGUCAAAGGUCAGCAUGGAUGUCAGCUUUCCAGGUGCUGCAUUUGUGAUCGUCUCCUGCAAGGAGAGCCAGCUAGGCUGCCGCAAAGACUCAAGCUUGUACAAGGCUCCCUGGGCUCGAGUCAUGCUGUAUGGGCAGGGUCACAAAGUGCGCAGAAAUGGCCAGCUAAAUCUGAUGGAGGCUGUGUGUUAUCCUCUGGAUGCCUCACCUACCAACACAGGCCUUACUCCCCCUCCCACCACCAAUCAAUACCCCUCUGUUAUCAUACCCGCUGAUAAGGUGCACAUCAAACUCGGGGUGUCGCCCCCUCCUGGUGCUGUGCUGGUGCUGCACUCCUUGCCACUGGAGUUUCCUCUGGCCAUGGCGUUUGCUGAACAGCUGUUGACGUGGAAGCUGGGAGACAGCACUGAUCAGUCAGAGGAUGAGCUGGACACCGUGCCCUCGUCUGUGCUGCUGCAGGUGGUAGAACUACUAGGUGGUGUGCUUUGGACUACUGAUCUGGCUCCCUCCAUCAAAGAACUCACCUUUCACUUGUUGGCUGAAGUUUUGCGGAAGAUCCACCACUUGGAGCAGAGGAAGAGCCCGGCUGGUCUUUCCAGCUCCAUCGCUCUGCUGCUUAACCCCUGCCUCGCAGUGCUCAUGGCCCUGCAGACAGAACUGCGGAAGCUCUAUGACAGGGAGACUCAGGGAUGGUCUGCUGGAGGGGCUGGAGCAGGGGGCUCCUCAUCUGGAGGCAUUGCAUUGGCUCUGGGGGCAGAGCAGAGCCGCUUCUCCACCUACUUCCACGCUCUGAUGGAGGUGUGUCUGGCUGUCGCAGAGGUGACGCUUCCUCUCAACGUUGGUGGCACUUCAGUGGGAGCCCUGUCCUCUACCAGCGCCCCUAACCUCAGUGACUCUUCCUCGUCCUCAUCAUCGUCCCCAGGUCAGACGCCACAGAGCCCCAGUCUACUAUCCAAACGCAAGAAGGUAAAGAUGAAGCGCGAGAGAGCAGCAGCUGCGGUGGCAGCAGCAGUCUCUGGGAAACGUGGGAGCGGAGGUACGCGGUUGUCAGAGAGUGACAGUGCGCUGCUGAACAUGGCGGGCAGUAAACCUGAGGACAUGCUGUGGUUCCAUCGCUGCCUCACGCUCCUCAUGAUCCUACGACAUCUUGCCAAUAAGGACCCUCAGGGUUUAAGUGUCACCAGUGAUGCAGUGACCGAUGCCUGCCAGGCUCUGGUGGGCCCCACUGCCCACAGUCGCCUGCUGGUGCUCUCAGGUAUCCCCACGCACCUGGAGGAGGCCGUGGUUCGAAAUGCUAUCCGCAGGGCUUGCAACGCACAUGGAGGGCUCUUCAAAGAUGAAGUCUUCAUCCCUCUGCAGGAAGAGGACCCCAAGAAGCCCAAAGCUGGAGCUGGGGUUUGUAGCCCUCAGGAUGGCAAAGCAGGCCCUGAACCGGAGCGCCCUUUCCCCAACAACGGAGGUCCUGAGAGUCCCGACAGCUCCAGCAGCGCCACUCCAGCUUUAAGUGUGAGCGCCUCGGCUUCCACCAGCCAGACGUCCAUCUGCAGCUCCUCUCAGGGAGUCUCCCGCACUGCCAGUGAACUCUCAGUCGAUCAGGAGGCUGUCCAACCUCUGACUCCUGCUGCUGCAGGUUCGGCUGUUACUUACCCGCAGCAAGGCCCCCAAGACCCCCAGACUGUUUCUAGUCAGGAGAGUCUCGAUACCUCCCUGUGUAGUACAGGAAGCCUGGGGAGUCUCGGCAGUUUGGGGGAGCCUCUCGACAACGCAGAUACACCGUCGGUGUCAGAUGGGGGCUCUGUGCACACAGUCACCUCACUGGAGAGCAACGCCGUCAUGGCUCGGCCCAUCAAGGGCUAUGCUGUCAUUGAGGUUCGGUCUCGGGCCAAAGUGGAAAAAAUCCGUGCCAGUCUCUUCAACAGCAGUGACUUGAUAGGAUUGUCCAGUCUGGAAGGUGAAGAGGAGCUAAUGGAGUUGACCAAUGAGGAGAUCCUCACAGCCUCCAGCGUUAACCAAAGCCUGUUUGACACACAGGGAAGCUCCGCCCUUGAAGACUACUUCCUGGACAAAUCCGUCAGAGGUGAGAAGCUUGUCCUUGGAGCGCGAGAUGUCCUCACAGAUAUCUUUAAGAGCUGCGUGCACUCGGAGCAGAUGCUCAGCCUCACACCGGCCAAGCCAGUGAAAGUGUCUGACAUUUAUCUCAGCAAAGAGCAGAUCAACGCUCAGACGCCUGGAAACCUCCUGCAUACUUUCUUCACUAAUGUCCGACCUCCCAAGAAAGUACUCGAAGAUCAACUAACACAGAUUCUCAGAAAGUAUGGUACCCCCAAGCCCAAUAAGAACAAAUACAGUAAAGCUGGAAAAGAGCAGCAUCAAGGCAAAGUGGUGAGCACCAAGAGGCCCAUCACCAAACCUCCCACCAAGGAAAAGUCUGUGCUCAACAGUGUCAGGACGGCACUGAGUGAGAAGAAAACCGUCCUCAAGCCCAAAUCUCCUGAGAAAUGCAGACCUGAUGAGAAAGAUGUGGAGAAAUCUCCUGCUAAGAAAACUGAAGUAGUUGAGGUUACAUUUUUAGAAACUAUGAUGCUUUACUACCCAACAAGAAUAGAGUCUUGUUUUGGAACCCGGAGCCGUGAACAUGCCUCACAUACCACCGUAUUUCCUUCAGUCCCAGAGGAGAAGUACCUGACACUGGAAGGCUUCCAUAAAUUUGCUGUUGACCGGGCUAAGCAGGACAUCCGCAGCGUCUGGAGGGCAAUUUUGGCUUGUGGUUAUGACCUCCACUUUGAAAGAUGCACCUGUAUAGACACGCGUCACGCCCAGAAGGCUUGUAGGAAGUGGAGCUUGGAAAUGGAUGUGGCGUUGGUCCAGUACAUCAACAGGCUGUGCCGUCACCUGGCCAUCACACCAGCCAGACUACACCCCCAUGAAGUCUACUUGGACACCAGUGACACUGCUGAUCCCCGUGUGGCCUGCCUGCUCAACGUGCCUGUGGAGAGCCUGCGUCUGCGUUUCGCUCUCCUGCAGUCCCUCAACAACUCCCUGGAGACUUUCUUCCUGCCGCUGGUAGAGCUAAGACAAACUAGCACCUAUCAGAACAGCAUUGCAGCAUUGCUGUGUGAGGCCAAAGGUCUUAUCUUCUACGACACUAAGGUCACAGUAAUGAACAGGGUACUAAAUGCCACAGUACAGCGAACAGCUGACCACGCCGCUCCAGAGAUUACACUGGACCCUCUAGAGAUAGUGGGAGGUGAGAUCAGAUCAUCAGAGAACACGUAUUUCUGUCAGGCUGCACGCCAGCUGUCAUGCGUGCCGUCGUCCCAGCUUUGUGUGAAACUGGCCAGCGGAGGCGACCCAACCUAUGCCUUCAACAUCCGCUUCACUGGAGAGGAAGUUCAUGGCACAAGUGGCUCCUUCAGACACUUCCUGUGGCAGGUGUGUAAGGAGUUACAGAGCUCUGCCCUCUCUUUGCUGCUCCCCUGCCCCAGUGCUGCAGCAAACCGUAACAAGGGCAAGUACAUACUGACUCCCUGCCCUAUAAGCUAUGCAGAGGAACAGUUGUUGCACUUCUUUGGUCAACUUCUGGGCAUAGCCAUCCGUGCAGACGUGCCACUUCCUCUUGACCUACUUGGCUCUUUUUGGAAGGGUCUGGUGGGCGAGCCCCUGGACCCAGAGCAGGACCUGCAAGACGCUGACGUUCUCACAUUCAACUACGUCAAAAAGUUUGAAAAUGUGAGUGACGAGACGGAGCUGGAGGGCCUGUGUGCAGAGAUCUCCUCCCAGCACCACUCAGGAGAAAGUCCGGACUCUCCCAGCAGGCCCUGCUGCACCUUCACCUACAUCACUAUGACUGGCGAGGAGGUGGAGCUUUGUCAGGGAGGUCGCAGACUCACUGUCAGCUGGGAGAAUAAGGAUGUGUAUGCGCGGGCGGUGCGGAGCCUUCGUCUCAGGGAGCUGCAGAACAUUGAGUGUAUGACAGCAGUGAGUGCAGGGCUGGCCUCCAUCAUUCCCCUGCAGCUGCUCACUAUGCUCAGCCCCCUAGAGAUCGAGCUGCGUACUUGCGGCUUGCCUUACAUCAACCUGGAGUUCCUCAAGGCUCACACCAUGUAUCAGGUGGGUCUGAUGGAGACGGACCAGCACAUCGAGUUCUUCUGGACCGCCCUGGAGAUGUUCACUCAGGAGGAGCUCUGCAAGUUCAUCAAGUUUGCGUGCAACCAGGAGCGCAUCCCAUUCACCUGCCCCUGCAAGGACGGGGGCCCUGACACUGCUCACGUUCCGCCGUACCCCAUGAAGAUUGCACCUCCUGACGGUGCUGCAGGUCAGCCGGACUCGCGCUACAUUCGCGUGGAGACCUGUAUGUUCAUGGUGAAACUGCCCCAGUACUCUUCCUUGGACGUGAUGCUGGAGAAACUACGAUACGCCAUCCACUACCGCGAGGACCCUCUCAGCGGCUAAGACGACUCGACAACUCCCACGUUUCCCAAGCGUAUAUACCUGCCCCCUUGCCCCCCACCCACUUAUUUUGACCCCUGCUUCCUUCCCCACACCCCUGGACCUUCCUCUGAGACAGACCACGAUCCUUUAUGCUCAGCUGCUCCAACAACACCACACAUUUAACAUUUACUUCAGGUUAGGCUAUUAAUGCUUUGCAUGUUUAUCCCUGCUUUUUUUUUUUUAUUGCCGUUUACACAAAUGCUUCAUGAUUGUGUUGGAUGUAUUUUUUUUUUUUUUGAGGAAUUCAGGGAAGAUAAUCUGAAUUAGCACUGACACUUAUAACCAGUGUCUGUUCUGGAUGCACUGAAUUUGUGGAUGGCAGUGAAGUGAAACGACUGUGACACCAUUUAAAUGUAAUGUUCGCCUUUUCCCUUCACUUUAACCAAAGGGUUCCUGCGAAUACAACAACUUUACAAAGUUCAUCUUUACAGCUGCAACUUCUUCAAUUCAUGACUACUGAACUCCAGAAUCUGUUCUCAGCUAAACUAUCUCUACUCUGAGUUGUGACGUUAAAGGCAACAAACCUGUUACUCUCCUCAUGCUUAACCCAGCUGCCUCCCUCGGUCUCCCCUCUGCGGGGCUGAUUUUUCUGAAACAUGCCUUUGCUGUACGGUAGGAGCCUCUCUUCUAGAGGGGGACGCUGGUUGUGUGAGUGAAAAGAAAAUCCCUGAACAACUUCCACUGAGUUAUUUUAAACAGAGGUACGACUACUACCAGACAAGAGGACAAUGUGUGAUGCUGCCUGAUUUAGACCACGUGAGCUACGAGCAGGCAGAAGAUGUGAACGAGUGCUGUACAGGAUAUUAUGUAGUUUACUGCCUGUUUUAAAAAUAUGACUGCUAAAGGACAAACUAACUUAUGCCUAAUAUAAACGGAAUACAUUUUAUUCAAGUCUCAGAAGAGAGGGUAUUUAUCAUAUUUUAAAAAGUCAUAUUCAUCUAUUAGUUAAUGGGAUUGCUCUUUGAUUUUUCGAUUUCCAAGUAGCUGCGGACACAUGGCAGGUCAGCUGACAGUCGGAGAGGCCUGCUGGUUCUGAUAAACUUACGUUUCAGGUUUGUGAAACUGGAGAAGAGGAUGAUGCUCUCAUGAGCUGCUCUCCAACAUUGUUUGUGUGAAACUGCUACUGAAUGUGCAACAGAUCCCCCCCCACUCCCCCUGUUGCCCCAACAUACACAAUCUACAACACUGGGGAAGGGGCGGUGCGUCAUCUUGAGUUCUGCCUUUUCAUAGUCUUUGAUGAACGAUGAACAGGAUUCUGCUGUUUUUUAUUUUUAUUUUAUCCAUAAUCAAACAUUUAGCUUUGUAAAAAAUGAAAUAGAGAAAAAAUGUAAAUAGUCUGAAGUUAUGUUUGAUUGCAGUUUUUAUUACUUGCUAAUUCACUUCACCUUAUGAUUUUCGGUUUGCACUACUCCUGCAAGAAAAAGAUUCUAAAAAUGAGCAAACUCGGUGAUGUCUGUUGGAUAUCCAGUUUGUUGUGUUGUUAUUUUUUAUGAACUUUUGGAAAAUACCAGUAAUCUUAUCACCUUUUUGUCUUGUACUCAGAUGGAUUCAAUUCUUCUACUCAUGGUGAAACAUGUUUCUUGUGUGAGUGAAAUUGCCAUUUUACUUGGAUAGAACUGAAAAACAACAGACAUGACGACUGGACGCCCACUGGAUCGUUUUAACUGCUUGCGAGUUUUGGAUUUGGUUCAGUUCUUUUGAAGGGUGAUAUACCGCUGCUAACGGGGACGCUCUCCUCUGCUUCCUCCUCCUCCUCCUCUGGGGGAGUAGAUAAAGUUAGAAAAAAAAGGACAUAUCCAUUCAAAGAGGUGUUGCGAAAACGUGUGCUGUACAUUUACUUGAUAUUUAUUACAAUUAUUUAUGGUUGCAUUAACUUAAAUUUUACUGUCUUACCUCUGCACAUCAGAAACGUAACAUAUCUAAAAUGGAUUAUACAGAUGUAAAGAAUCAAAUGGCAUUUGAGAUUUCUGUGUCACAAUAAAGAAAAUGUCUUCAUGUACAAA